GACAAACCGACUGGUCUGCUGUGUACGUGUGAGACGCGACUUGUGCACUCCUCGCAGAGACGACGUUGCCAAAAGAAUACCCGCGAGCAAGACGUUUGCCGAGCAAAAGAAAGCACUGCGAGAAUGGAGAGCCCUCAUGAGCACCAGCAAAACCUGCUGUUGUCUCGAAUUAUCACUAAUGUGGAGAAACUCAAUGAGGCGAUAGUUGUGAUGAACAAGUCGCUUCAGGAGAUCAACAUUCAGAACAUGAAUGUCGAGCUCGUUGCGCAAAUGUUCAAGAAUUAUCAAUCCAAUGUUUUAUUUCACCUGGAAGCAACUGAAAAUCUAAAGGAGCCUUCAUAAAGAAAAGGCACUUUAAUUUGGCUAUUGGGCCAAGAGGGGUUUGGUUACUACCAUCAAUGUCCCUUGUCUACCGGUAUGAGCACUGAAGAAAAAAAACUGGCGGGACAGUCGGACGAUUCUACUACUGUCAAACACCUCAUUGAAGAAAUCGAGACAAGUAAUCUAGAAACCCUCAAAGCACCCUACCUAACCUCGGGAAAAAAACAAUGGGAAAAAAAGGAGGAACAAAAGCGAGAUACCGUAAAUAAGUCUCCAGACGCCAGUAUAUACAGUACAUGACUACAUGUAACAAGCUACCCUGCACGAAAUGGGUGGAGUAAUCAAAGACCAAGUGGGCCUCAUGAAUGGCAGGGGUCUGACCUCACCAACGAUGCUCCCGCGAAUUGAUCAACGAGAACGCGAUGCUUUCUUUUACUUUGAUUGGUACCUACCUUGCCUAGAGUUUAAACCACAAAGAACAUGCUGAUCGCAAGCUGAUCGCGGCAUUUUUAGAGAACCAUCC